UAUCUUUUUGUGUGUUUUGCUACUAAAAAGUGUUUAGAAACAGUGUCGAUAUUUUCACACACUGCUGCUGCACCAAAUUUGAUGUUGGUAGUGAUAUCUCAAAGCUUAAAACUUGCCGAAUUUCGUUUCCAUUCUCUUUGCGCGGCAUUUUGUGCUGAAAUCAAUCAGCUGUCACAUCGUCGCGUCCGCAUUAAGCAUUAACCAAGCCGUUCGUCGUCUGGUUUGCUUCGCGUUUUUCGGAGCUUUUAAACUACAUUUUUGUGAUACUCGUGUGUUGUUUUGCAGCAGAAACAUAUUUCCGUUCGUGUGCUGUGCGUAUGUGUUCACAUUUCGAUCAAAAUCUUUCGUAUAGCGUGAUACAUUUUCUGCUCACGACGGCGUGUAAUUUUUGAGUAGAUUUUGUUGUUAGUGUUCAGGCGCGCCUACAAGGAGUUGAUCAUGUCGCUACGCGAAUAUCGCAAGCCAUUACAGAAUGGAAAUGGGGAAGGAAACGGAGGAGAUUCUAAGCUUUCCCUUGCACCUGGAAGAAGGCGAAUCCAAAUGAUGGGAGACAGCGAUAGCGAAGGGGAUGCCACAGGAAGUCCUUCCAAACCGAGCGCCGCUAUUGUUCCGGCCGUUGAGGUGAAAGAAAAACCCAAAGAGGUUACACCUCAACCACUGACAAUAAAAGAGAAGGAAGCACGUUUGCAAACGAUCAGACGAUCGUGUCUGGACGUGGACGCAAUGCUGGUACAAUCGACCCUCGCUGGCAACGACUGGGAUGUGGAAAAAACCAUCGAGCAAUUGAAAGCUGCCCCCAAACGGAAAAUCCUUGUCAGUCCGUCUCCAUCGAAGGUCGCAACCAAAACGUUCCCAACCAAUGGCCACACCAACAAUCAACCGGCGAAAAAGAGACGUGUCCAGGAGAGUAACAAUGGCAGCGACAAUGAGAGUGAUAUCGAUUCGGACCGUCCGGCGGAGCAGGUAUUCGACAGUGACGAGGACAGCGAUGGCCACGGUGGAUAUAGCUACGGUAAGCUCACGAAGGAACGCAAAGGAGUGCUCGAGUUCCUCAACGCCGCACCGCUGACGGAGCUGAUCAGCGUUAAAACGCUAACGCAGAAGAAAAUCGACUUCCUGCUCGAACUCCGCCCAUUCAAAGACUGGUCUGAUCUAGUGAAUAAGUUACGCUCGCACAAAUCACUACAAACUGAUCUGCUGAACAACACUCAAGAGUAUUUAACGCGCCGCAACAACGUGGCGGCGAUCAUGGGAAAAUGUGGCAAGAUCGUGAAAAAGCUAGAGGAUGCGAUCGAAUCGGGUACCAACUUGGUCGAGCAGCCGGAAAGUAUCGCCGAUGGGCUGAAGCUGGCCGAGUACCAGCUGGUCGGGCUCAACUGGAUGACCAUCAUGCAUCGCCACAACAUGAACGGUAUUCUGGCGGACGAGAUGGGCCUCGGGAAGACGAUCCAGAUAAUCGCUUUUAUAGCCUGGCUGAAGGAGAACGGUGAACAAACGCGCCCGAACCUAGUGGUGGUACCGUCGUCCACGAUGGACAACUGGGAGCAAGAGUUGGUCAAAUGGUGCCCGAAUUUGGUCAUUCUGAAGUAUUACGGCAACCAAGCAGAUCGUCGCAUGAUUCGUGUCGAUUGGGCGAAAAACGGUAUCGACGAUAUAGACGUCGUGCUGACCACGUACCAUAUGAUGGGUGCUUCCGGAGAGGAGAAAAAGAUGUGGCGUGUCACGCAGUUCGAUUACGUCGUGUUCGAUGAAGCGCACAUGCUGAAGAACGUACACUCGCAGCGCUACCAGAACCUGAUACGGAUCAAUGCGAAGCACCGGAUCUUGCUGACUGGCACCCCAUUGCAGAACAAUCUGCUUGAGCUAAUGUCACUGCUUUGCUUUGUGAUGCCCAAACUGUUCGGUAGCAAGGUGGAAGAUAUUAAAGCGCUCUUCCAAGGAAAAGUGAAAACCGCCAAAGGUGAGACAGACGAAGAAGUGUCUUCCUUUGAAAAGGAUCAGAUCGAACGCGCCAAGAAGAUCAUGAAACCGUUUAUACUUCGACGGCUUAAACGGGAUGUCUUAAGUUUCCUUCCACCGAAAAAAGAAAUCGUCCUUAAAACGCCCAUGAUUGAUUCGCAAAGAGAAAAGUACAACGAAACGGUGAACGAGUACCAGCAAGCAACCGGUGUGAUCAAGGAGAACACGGAAGUGUCCGGAAUGGCGAUCAUGAUGGACUUGAGGAAGCUUGCAAACCACCCACUUCUACUGAGAUACUAUUACUCCGAUGCCGAUGUUCGUGACAUCGCUCGGAAGCUUGCCACGGACGUGGACUACAAAGGCAACAACGUUGAUGAUAUUUUCCUGGACAUUGCGUACUUGUCAGACUUUAAACUAUUCCAGCUAAAGGAAAAAUAUACUAAUCUCUACGACCUGUGUCUACCGGAGAAGUUGAUUACCGCCUCCGGUAAGUUCCGACAACUGGAUGAGCUGCUACCUAAGCUGAAGGAAGGCGGCCACCGGGUGCUGAUCUUCAGCCAGUUCACCAUGAUGCUGGAUAUCAUGGAACGGUACAUGAAGAUUCGAAAGUACGGCUUUCUUCGACUGGAUGGUGCGACGGCCGUCACCGAUCGCCAGGAGCUAAUCGAUCAGUACACGCAAGACCCAGAUCUGUUCAUCUUUUUGCUUUCCACGAAAGCGGGUGGUCUGGGGAUCAACCUUACCGCCGCCGAUACCGUAAUCAUACAUGACAUUGACUUCAACCCGUACAACGACAAGCAGGCAGAAGACCGGGCGCAUCGUAUGGGCCAGAAGAAACCCGUUACGAUCUACAAGCUGGUAUCGGAGGGUACGAUCGAGGAAGGAAUGCUAACGAUCGCCCAGCAGAAGCUUCAACUGGAGAAAGAUGUCACGGACCAGGACGCUAAUAAUCCGGUAAACGAUCAUAAGUGCAUGGUUGGUCUGCUAACAAUGGCACUGAACAUGGACGAAAGUAAAGCCGACUCCUUACUGAAGAAUGAGUCUCCCAGGAAGAAGUCGCUGGAGGAGGACUUUUAACGACGCCCGGGAUGUAGUUAUAAUUACACAUCACUAUUUUGCUGGUGUUACCUGAGAUUGUAAAAACUGAUUAAUUGAUUGUGGAGUAGCGAAAACGUCGCGAGGCAUCAUUGUCUGCCGCCUUCCUACCAUCUCUAUGUUUUUUUUAAGGUUUUUGUGUUUCUUUAUAAUUUUAAAACGAAUCGCCGGUGGCUUCUUUUGAUUUGCACCAUACCUACUGCUAAGGGAUCAGCCGAAAACUUAAAAUUUAAUUUCCAAACAUAUAUAAUUUUAAUUAUUUAUACACACUGCACCGUGGAGCCUGUAGGCUCAAGCGUAGGAUCAAGUAACGCAAACAAACCCAGAUAAAAAUAAACGUAAAAUUUGGUUAAUAAAAAA